UCACGCUAGCAGCCGAUCGGAUCGGCUUUCUGGAGGAUGUGUCAGCAGCUUGAUAGAUGAUCACUACGGAACGCAUUUUAGGACAUGCUGAAGGAGACCACUGCUCCCUCCUCCGCCGCUCCGGAAACUUCCGAGAAAACCCGGAAGAAGCAAGGAAGUUCCGAACAGCGGGACAUGUUCAUCUGCUAUCUGGGACGGCGGGACAAGCAGGUAAAAUCAGGACACUUGGCAGGGAUGAGUCACUGUAGUUGUGCCAAUAUACCAAGUACCGCUUCAUGGUCAGUCUGAAAGCUCACUGUCAAUAGACAUACGGAUGUCCUUUUGAGGAUUCAGCAAACUGGGACUCACAAUUUACCAACUUGUGUAGCAAAACAGGAACAGAAGAUGGUGCGGCUGUACAACUGCCACCCGUUCGGUUCCCAGCGAAUUGUGCCUACUAAGCAGGCUCCAGAUUUGUUCUGCUGUGGCCGGGAUAGUGUAUUUGUGAUUAGUGCUGGAGGGUGUAAAGUGGAGGUAUUUACGGUGUGCCAAAACCUGUGCCAACCUUUGUGCAGCUUUAGCACCCUAGGGAAAGUUCUACAUAUGGCCUACAAUGAUGUUGGUGAUUAUUUGGUCACUAUUGAAGAAAAAAAUAACGUUUCAUCCCUCCGGGCUUAUGUCAAUUGGAGAUGUUCUUCCAGCGAAAAUCCCCGUGUGAGCGUGCGAAUGGUUGGAUUGAAACUGAAAUCUCCGCAUAUAGGUGCCUCAAAGGAUCAGAUGGAAAUUAUUGAAAUGCCUCUUUCUGAGCCUCCGCUCUGCAUUGCCUGCUGCCCUGUACAGGGAGACCUUCUUGUGGGAUGCAAGAGCAAAUUAAUCAUCUUUCAUUUAAAGAACAUUUUCAUCCAGGACUCACUAGUUCUUGAUUUUGAUGGUGAUCUUAUACUGCAUGUGACUGGGAUUGUCCCAGUUCAGGCUUCAUUUUGUGCUGGAUAUAUUGGCAUUAUGAAUGACCUAGAAGUCUUAGUAAUGAAGCUUGUAUCCACAUCAUCAGAAACCCCGUUUACUACACAUCAGGAUAUGAGUGAAUUGGAAACCUUUCAGGAGAAAGUUACUCUCUCCACUUCAGCAUCUCAACUUCCAGAGUCUAGUGACUUUGUCAUUUGCCAGAGACCCAUGGAACUAAUAGGUGAGGAGUGUAAAAUGUGUGGCAUAGGGAUAAGCCCAGAAUCAACAGGUCUAUCAUCGGAUUUCCAAAAUUGUACUCGAGUAUGCCACUUGCUCUACAGGAGAUUUGCACCUGACUUUACUGAAGGCAUCCAUGUGGAAAACACAAGACUACAUUCUCUGCAACUAAUGCCAAUGUAUAAAACAGGAAGUGGUAUUGCGUCAGAUCCCGAAAGUGCAACGCCUCAAAAAGAGCUUCUGGCCAUGUUUUGCUUCUUCUCCAUGCCCAAUACUGGCUUUCUGUACAGCAUUGGGAGCACUGUUGUACGAAUUUCUUUGUAUCAGUAUCCAGAGAUGUCCCAGCAGGCAGUUCUAACUCCACAGUUCCUACAUGUUAUUACAAGAAACAAUCUGCAGUGUUUCACAGUAAGAUGCAGUGCAGCAGCAGCAAGGGAGGAAGACCCCUACAUAGAUACAACUAUGAAGUCUUGCCCACCAGUGUCAAUGGAUGUUUGCACUUUAAGGAUGCAGCUUUUUAUAGGACUCAAAGCUAUAGCACACUUUAAAAAAUAUUUAAUCAUCCUGACAAAAACAAAUAUCGACGACACAGAGGAAAAAGGGAGAUCUACUCCCCAAAGGCAAAGAUCUAAAAAGCCUGUUAAAAAUAAGACAACCGAAGAUGCAGAACCUAGCUGGAAUUUGUAUGUUGUGAGCACCACACCCAUUGUUCAACUCUACAAGGAAAUGGUAGAAUACAGCAAAAGAUAUGAGACUGCGAAGACCCAGGGCAGCAUUCAUCUGCUUAAUGAAGCUCAUUUACUACUGAGAUCAGCUCUAAUGGACCCAAACCUGGAUGAAUCAAUAGUGAAAAGUGAACUAAUAGCAGCAUUCAGAGAAAGCUGUGCACACUUAGGUGACUGGUUCAGCAGGUUGGGCACGAAGCAUUCUCACCUUGCUCUUCCAUACUACAAGAUGUCCUGCUUAUCCAUAUCUGACAUCAUAAACAGAAUUGUAGGCAUGGAAAUGCCUCGUGGCUAUGGCAAAGGAUUUCUAUUUUACCUCAAGCAUGCUCUAUUUGAAGAGCAGGAUGAACAGCUGAGUGAGGCAAUGGCUUUAAAAGUAAUUGAAAUAUUUAAUGCCAUGGAGAAAACCCAACUGCCUCAUGUUUUGUGUAGUCCCUGCCUUGCACAUGUAUCUCCCAGAAAGGCAAUGGGCUACUUGCAGAACUUGCAACCUUCAACCUUAGUGUCACUUAUAAAGGCAAACAUGGCACGGAGAAUGAAUGACCUGGACACAUGCAAAAAUGAAAUCCAGCAUCAUUCGGAGAUGAUGUUACUUUGUGCCUUUAUGGAUGAGCCGAGACUGCUGAUGAAUGAGAGAGGCAAAGAUGUCAUCCCAACUGCUUUGGCUUUUUACUUUAAAGACGCUGCACCGGGAUUACUUGUGGCUUCUUUAGUGGCUUUGCACGAAAACAACAAAAUUAACCUAGCAGAGGCAGAGUUAUUCUUCAAGGCACUUUGUGAGAAGAUGGAUGAUGAAGAGAAUGUUCCUCAGAUGCUUGUUGAUUUUUGGGAAGCUCGUCUUUCCACCUACCCCCCUGAAUCCGUAUUACAGGAUAUUCUCUUCAAACUGACAUCAUAUUACGUAUGGAGAAUCUGCCGGCCCCACCAUUUAUGUGUUAAGCCACUGAAGAGCCCUGAAGAUCUGCGAAAUUCCUGUAGUCAUUUUGGAUUAAUAAGCCCUUGGACUUCAAAGAUGAUGUCUAAGGAAUCUGCACUGUGUUAUGACUGUGGAGAAUUCUUUAAAUUACAGUCUCUUCUCAGUGGUCCAUCCAUGGAUGUCAAGCUGUUUCUACCAUUUCUGAAGCUUAUACCCGAAGACAACAACUCCUGUCUGAGUAUUCACAUUCUGUGUGCAACACGCCUGAUGCAAUAUGAGAAGUCAAUAGAGAAGCUUCUGGAUCGCUGCCCUGAAGCUGUGAUCUCAUAUGCGAAGCAUGAAGUAAAAGAAGGAAGUCGGGACAUUUGGUGGAAUAUGCUACUGCCUGAACUGUGCAAUCGAAUCCGAUCCAUCCAAAGCAAUAAUGAAGUGUUCAUCUCGUCCUUAAAAGACACUCUGGAGAUGAUCGCUAUGGAACUCGAUACUAAAGACUUUCUCAAUGCACUUCCUGAUGAUGGAACAGCAGCGUUUUUCCUGCCUUAUCUUCUAAACCAAAGCAAAAAGAAACUGACAGUUUAAAUAUUUUAUGUUUUGUAUUUAUUUUAAAAAGUACCAGUUUUAUAACCAUAAUAUCUUAUUACUAUGAAUAUUAUUACUGCAGCCACAAUACCAUGUGAAGCAAAUCAGCUGAGGAGGCAGUGGUAUACAGUAAAUAAUACAACUUCUCUCUAUGGCCUUGUGUUUUAUUUCAAUGGUUUCAGAUUGCUGGUGUCUGAAAAGUUGCUAAGAAUGGAACAUCUUAUGACAUACUAAAUCAUAAUUUAAAGUGAACCACCCCUUUUACAAGCCCAUGCUACUUCCUACAGCCCCUUUCCCUUUGUCAAUAGUUCGUCCCGGGGGGGGGGGGGGGUAGAUGGCAUCUCAUGCCACUUCGGGGGAUCUUAUGUUUGAUCGGAACACAGAACAUGUACGGUUAAAAUAAUUUCUGGAUCAGCUACAACCGCUCAAGCUCAUGGGGUGAUUUUCAACAGAAGAGCACUUGAAAUGACGCAAUAACAAUAAAAGUGUAGCUCACAAAGCAAUAGUUUUUUGGCUGCUGGGGUCAGUGACCUCCCCCUUCAUUUGAAAGAUGGAGACGCAGAAGAAGGGGGUAAAUACAAAAAAAAAAAAAAUAUAUAUA